GCCGGAGAGAGUGAGGACGAGCCAGAAGGCGAGAGGCGCCGCUGGUGCCCUGGGAGGGGCGGGAGGAGGAGGAGAUGGCGGCCGGUGCGGUGUCGGACGAAAUGCCCGAUACCCUAAUGAUGGAGCCCAAGGAGUGCCUGGCCGUCUCUUCCAUCCUGGGCCCCAAACCCGCGCCGACCCUCGUCACCUCCAGCUCCUUGGGGCCCAGCGCCUUGGAGUUUCCCAGGAAGCGGAAAGCCAGCGAUUCCGACAACCAAGUCACUGAAGGAUCAGACGUGAAUGACACUCAGGGAAGGGAGGCGCACAGAGAGACAGAAAAGAGGCGCAGAGAGAAAAUGAACAACUUGAUUGAAAACCUGUCGGCCAUGAUCCCCCAGAGCGGCCCGUUACCCAGCAAACCGGACAAGCUCACCGUGCUGCGCAUGGCCGUCCAACACCUCAAGUCGCUAAAAGGGUCCAACCCCUCAUUCGCCGACGAGAGCCCAAAGCCUUCCUUUCUGAAGCACGAAGAGAUGAAACAGUUAAUCCUGAGGGCUGCAGACGGAUUCCUGUUUGUGAUUGGCUGCGACCGAGGAGAAAUCCUAUUUGUGUCGGAGUCUGUGACAAAGACGCUGAAGUACAAUCAGGGGGACCUCAUGGGGAAAAGCUUGUUUGAUUUCCUGCACCCCAAAGAUGUUGCCAAAGUGAAAGAGCAGCUUUCCUCCUCCGACAUCGCCCCCCGGGAGAAACUGAUCGAUGCCAAAACUGGUUUGCAAGUUCACACGCACUUUCAGGCGUCGCGGCUGCACUGGGGCUCCCGGAGGUCCUUCUUCUGCCGGAUGAAAAGCGGCCGAGCCAAUCACAAGGAGGAAAAGGACUUCCUGCGCAACUCAAAGAGAAAGGAUCACCGGCGAUAUUGCACCAUACAUUGCACCGGGUACCUACGGAGCUGCCCCCCCAGCGAGGAGGAGUGUGACACUGACCGGGAGGCCCCCAAUUCCAGGUGCCUGGUAGCCAUUGGCCGGCUCCACCCGUAUAUCACCCCCCAGAACAGCUCCGAGGUCAAAGUGAAACCCACAGAAUUUGUCACCCGCUAUACUAUGGAUGGCAAGUUUGUGUAUGUGGAUCAACGGGCCACAGCCAUAUUGGGGUACCUGCCACAGGAGCUGCUCGGAACCUCAUGCUAUGAAUACUUUCAUAUAGAUGACUAUGGGCACCUAACUGACCGGCACAAAGCAGUGCUUCAGAGCAGCGAGAAAGUGGAGACCAACUGCUACAAAUUUCGGGUGAAAGACGGUUCCUUUAUCACGUUACAGAGCCAGUGGUUCGGUUUCAUCAACCCCUGGACCAAGGACCUGGAAUAUAUUGUAUCGGUCAAUACCGUGGUCCCGAAUCACAGUUCAUCAUCGGAGGACACCUCUUCGCUGCCGGGCAGCUCCCAUUCCUCCCAAGAUAACGCCAAACACCCGAUUCUCAACAUCCCUGGGAUGUCCAGUGAGAUCCUGCUUGGCGCUGCCAACAUCGGCACCCAGAUUGUAAAGGAAGUGAUGAGUUUACAGAGGUCCAACUCCUCACCGCUAAACGGCGACGUUAGUCCCAGUGGGACCCCAAUAAAGUCACCCCCUGCCCUGACGGUCCCGUCAACGACUGCGCAGAAGGGCGAACUGGUGACGCUGUCUCCCACGGAGAUCGAGAAGUUGGACACAUCCCAUGGCGACCACGUGCCGGCCUUCCCCAUACCCGACAGUUUCCUGAGUGACAGUAACACCUUGGACUUCGGGCACGACGACUCCACCAUGGCGGCUCUCAUGAACAUUUUUGAAGCGGACGGGGGCCUGGGGGACAGCCAGGAGCUGAGCGACAUGCCCUGGACGCUCUAGCCGCCCCCGGGAGCCCCCCCCUUGCUGCACAAUGUACUGUAUUUUCUAAGGCUUUGAUACCCUUUGUACUUUUGUAUUUUUGUUACCUGAUAAUGAUACAUACCAUUCAUUUCCAUUGGGAAGGGGAGGGGCAUCUUUGUACAUAGCAGGGACGCAGGUCUCCCUCUGCUGCCCCUUGUAGGUGACAUAUAUAUUUCUGCUUGUCUGAUUGGCUUUUGGCCCCUCGUUACCCCCCAUCAGGGAUAAUUUGCUUUAUUUUUAAAGGGAAUAUAAACCCAAAUAUAAUUGAAAAUUAUCCAUGUUUAUUUUUAAAGGGGAUAUAAACCCAAAUAUAACAAUAAUAAUUUGUGGGGGAGGGGGGAGGAUUUUUUUUUUUUUGUUCUAGAUCCAGAACCCAAAAGCCAAGCACCCAGGUCUAUAUUUGGUACCGGUAGCCUAGCAACAGAGAGAACACUGUCAUGUGAUUUCUGAAUAUAAUAAAUCCAGCCGCGGGUUUUUGCCCGAAA